AUGUCAAAUAUAUAUUAUGAAUCGAUAAAAGGUAAAUUGGUGAUGAUUGCACCAAAAAAGUCAAAGUACACAGACAGUAAAAAUAGUAAUAAUAAUAUUAGUAAUAAGAGUAUAAAGUUAGAUAAUGAUAAAAAACAAAAAGUAGAUCAACAACCAACAAGUUCAUCAUCGACGUUAAUUGAUAUUGGUGUUUCAAUUAUAUCUAUUAAACAAGAGAGUGGAGAGAGUAAGGAAAAGCUAAAUGAAUUGUCAUCGGUGAAUCGCAAAGGUGUAUACGACAGUGCAUCCUAUGAUAAAGGUCCAACCAUUGAAAUUCGUUCGUCUUCAGAUCUAAUGAUCAAAUCACUGUUGAAAACAUCAGUAGUCUACUGUCGAUUCGAUAAUCAAUAUCAUAUUGUAUUAUUGUUGCAAUUGGUUUCAAAUCAACUGUUACUUGGUUAUCUAGAUGAUUCAUCAUCAUCAUCUGACGAAUCAACAGCAACAACAACAUUUGAUUCUAUUACUUUUAAAGAAAUAUCUAAAACAACAAUAACAACAACAACUACUACUACAACAACUACAACAAAUAAUAAUAGCAAGAAUAGUAGUCAACAACCUAUAGUAAUAUUAGAUGGUCCAACAUUUAUAAGCUAUUAUAAUAAUGACAUAGUGAUAUAUACAUUGGAUGAUAAACUACAGAUAUCAAGUAAACCAUUUCCUUUGGAUUCAAAAAGAGAUGAUAUAUAUAUUUAUGGUUUCUAUAUAUUGAAUGAUGACUAUAUACUAUAUGGUAGUGGUGGUUUGGUUGUAUCUGUGAUAUAUAAAACUAUAUCAGACAAGAUGGUGUAUAUUUCAUCUAUAAAUAUUGGACAACAAAUUGGUUUUAGAGAUAAAGUUAGAAAUUUCGAAAGCAAAGCAGCUCUUUGCGUUGAAGAGGAUGAAAUUUUAUCAAUUACAAGCUAUCGAUACCAAGAGAAUAGCUAUAUUUAUCUUAUUACAACAAAUAGCAGAAUAACAAUUAGUCAACCUGAUAGUGAAAAAGAAGAUAUUUUCAUCUCGAUACCAUUUACACCUCUGCAAUCGUAUCUAUUGAAUAUUCCAUACGAUUAUGAUGUUGUUGCAGCCACUGAUGAAACAGAAAAGAAAGAAUCAAUGGAAUCUAUUGAUGUCAAUUAUAAAUGGUCAAAAGGUGUGUUGGUCGUUCAUUUCAGUAAUGAUCUUGUUCAUGUAUAUAGUAUUGCCAAUCGUUCGUUACUGAAUGAACUGGUCAAGAUCAAGGAUAUUUGGUAUCACGAUUACUUUAGUCAAGGACAAGAUCAACUGCUUAUUAGACACUCACAAACCAAGUCAGUUUGUUUAUCACUUAUCAAUCUGUAUCAUACAGAACAGAGGAUAUUCAUUGCUGCUUCAGAUGUAGAUAACAACAAUAACAAAAGUGAUGAUAGAAUGACGACGACGAUGAUGGUUGAUCAACCUGGUUCAGAUGUUGAUAAUAAACAAUCGACUUUCAAUAUGGAUCAGAUAUUCGAAUCGUUGGAUAGUCGAUGUAAUCAGGCAACUGUCGAACUGUCGCAAUUGGAAACAUCACUGAAAGCAAAGGACAAUCUAUUGGAGCAUUCACUUCGUGUAUUGGAUUCACUCGGAUCUGUCAACUCCAACUUUGAUACACAACUCAAUCCUCUGAAAGAUAGAAAGAUAUGGCCAAGUGACAUAUCAACGAAUCUAGUUUCACUCAUUGGUAACGACAACACCAAUCCAAAGCCAACAACCUCUACAUCAUCAUCAUCGAAACUACCAUUAUCAAACACUAUUAAACUUCAAAAGUUUGAGAAAUCAAUUAAAAACAAUAUACUCUAUAGUUUAUUUACAUUUAAAACAUCUUUAAAUUACAAAUUUAUUAACUUUUAUUUAAUAUUCUUAUUCUUGUUUGUUAGUGAUAUUAUUAUUAUACAAUCAGUUUAUUUAUCGAAUCAGAGUAUAAAGAUAGAGAGUAAAUCAAAUUAUACAUAUGGUAAUGGUUCUUAUGAGAAAGGAGGUUGGAAACUAAAGAGUGGUGAAGAUACUACAAUUCUUUUGGAGACAUCACUACCACUUGGUUUUGAUCCAUCAAGCAUUAUUGAUUUGAUGAUAGAAUGGAGGUUUAGUAAACCAAAUACUUCAAACAAACAAAAAUUACAGCAACAACAACAACAAACACAAGAGGUACAUCUGUCACUACUAGAAUCAUUUACACUACAAAAAGAAUAUACAAAUCAAUUUAAACUAAAUAUAAAUAAUAGUUUAUAUCAAUUAAAUCAAUAUCCAAUUGAAUUAUGUUUCUAUUUGUUUGACACCAAAACAAUUGCAAUCAACAAGAGGAAUACAACGAUAUUAUCGAUUAAAUAUCUUGAUGAUUUAAUUAAAACUAUAUUUGAAGGUCAAAAAUAUGAUGAAGAAAUCAAUAAGAGUUCAUGUAGUUACAAGUUCACCGUUGGUUUUGAUAAUCCAUUCAUAUUGAAAUUCAAUGAAAAGAAAAGCAUAAUCAAUAUGACCUUGCAAUCGAUUAGUCUAUCAACUAUCUUAUCAUUAGUAUCUCAAUUUAAACAGUCAUUACCUUCAAGUAUAAAUUUGUUACUUUCAUUUCAAAGUAGUUGGUUUAAAUCAUUAACGAAAGAACUAUAUGAUUGUAUGACCGAAGAAAUUAAACAGAUGAAUGAAAAAGGUUCUUCUAUUUUCGAAAACAAAUUGACUCUUAAUAGAAAGGAUCAGAGGGAUCAAUAUAAUCAAUAUUCUAAUUUCUAUCAGAGUAUUGUUGGUCUAAUGUCUGAAACAGAAGCUUUAUUAUCUAUAAUGUCGCAACUUGAUAAUCAUUGGAUAAAGUCACUAUCGAAAUAA